GCUCCCCCAACCAAGAUACUCUGUCUGUUAGUUAAAUGCCGUCAAAGGGAUAUUUAUUCUUUGCACGGCCUACAUAGAUGAAAAUGUUUAAUGCUUUCAUAAAUCAAGGAUAAAAAAUAUGCAAACACAAUGCCGAAUAUUGGAUCUUGUGAGAAGUUACAAUCACGUGAUUUUCUCGCAUAUCCAGAUCGCCCGCUCCACUACCAGGUUAGGAAAUUUUCAACGUCACUUUCAAUUUAGAUAGGAUAAAGCUCCUUAACGUAUUCGUUGCUGAAACCCAUGCUGAGUGAAAUAGCAACUCUUGACCAAUUCAAACUAGAUGGACGCCAGAGCCAGAUCAAAUCGAAUGUUCUUCUUGAACAAAUCUGAGUGGCUGAGGGUGGUGGACAUUCCCCAACCCGCCCUUGACAUUCUCCCUUGAAAGCUCAUACCCCGCAGUGCGUGCGAUUGCGUUGACGAGAACCCCCGGGGCUUGUGUAUAGGCUGGAUUAACCUGGCUGACUGUUUCUUGAAAAUUUAAUCAUGCAUUCUGCAGAAAAUUCUAGUUCUGGUGAGGGGGCAAUCACGCCCCCUGAUGUUGCCUUUGGGGCGACUCUCCGACCCUCGCUUCUAUCAUCUAGUAGAUCUUCAACAACUUGGAUUACUUCCCCGGAACUUAGCAGCUCGGGGGAGAAGUUUUCUCUAGAAGCUUUCCUAGGAGUGACGACCCACCUUCUGGCAAAUCCUAACAUAAACUGUAGCCAUGUUUUCCGAGCCGACAUAUUAUACGAUAGCGCCGAUGUUAUUCAGACUCAAAGGAGCAAGGAAAGAAGUUAUUACCGCCUCCCCUCGCAAACGGUGGAUGCUGGUCAAACAAACAGUGAUGGUCCAUCAACUAUGCCCUCGGAAUCGUUUUCUGGUUUCCGCCUCAACAGGACCGUUGUAAGACGAUUCGUCCCCAGAAAGCAAAUUGACCGUCCAAUAGAGCAGACCUGUCACUUCUAUGAAGGGACGUGCAAUGUAGAUAUAUCGGGGGUUGCGUGCAUGGAGCGGCAACGUUGCCUUGUGGUUUACACACCUCACGUUCGUUCGGAGGAUAAGAUACCAUAUUAUCAUCCACAGGUACGAGCAUUAGCUCUAUUAUACGAUAUCGAUCGGUCAACGAAAUCUGAAUCUGAGGAUUCGGGAACACUCUCCAUUCAUUUCUCAUUGUUCAUUCCAGGACUCCCGCAGUUCAUUACAUAUCGCCUACAACGGACGCUACUGGCUCUUGUAUCAACCCACGUUCGCCUCUCGCGCAAGUCGUUAGCUGCCGCUGGACCACCCAGAUCUAAAACCGUAGCACCAAAGGAUAAUCUCAUCCCACAACAUGUUGUGCAGAAUACAUAUGCUCGCUUGAAAGAGGAACACGCCGCUCAUCUAAUAAACAGUUGGGUUGAAACUACCGAACCUUCGAAGCAUGUAUUCGAAGAUAUUUCAAUCGCAGCCUUUCUAAUUGAGCUGUGGCGGGGCAUGUACAGUCUACCUAAUUCGAAACAAACGGAUAAUACUAAUGAAUCGAAAGACGGCCUCCCCCCUUUCCCUGGGUUUGUUGAUAUUGCAUGUGGGAAUGGUGUCUUGACGUACAUAUUACUCACAGAAGGGUAUAACGGUUGGGGUUUCGAUGCUCGUCGGAGGAGGUCAUGGUCUAUAUUCCCUACAUCAAUCCAAGACCGACUUAAACAAAUUAUAUGCAUUCCCAAGCCAUUCAAAGAUAUCCUUAAUCACAUGGAAGGCGAAACCUCGAUUCUAAAACGCGCCCAGGAGAGUCCUACGGACGUACAUGAGGGGGUUUUCGACAAAGAUACUUUCAUCAUCUCCAACCACGCUGACGAAUUGACAGUGUGGACACCGCUGCUCGGCACCCUCUCGAACCCGGAGCGUCCCUUGCCAUUUCUCGCGAUACCUUGUUGCUCACACUCCAUUUCCGGCAUGCGCUAUAGAUACCCAGCCCCAAAACCACCGUCAACAAAGGACAAUGAUUUGAUCAAAACAUAUAUGCCUGCCGAAAAAAACCACCACAACAAUAAUGGUCACAUUGUAAUCAAUGGCAUUACGGAACCAGUAAAACAACAUCAGAAAUCAGAAGUAGCAGUCGAAUCAAUACCACCGGCGCCAGUAGCAGCAGCAGCAGCAGCAGAAGAAGAAGAACAGCAUCAAAACCCCCAAUCCUCCACCGGCGAUCUCAAAUCGCUCCGUGCGGUAAAACUCGACGAGCGCACCAAGCCAGACUGUCAAAGCUCCAUGUACGCCUCCCUUACUGCGAAAGUGAUGCAGGUGGCUAGAGAGGUCGGGUAUGGGUCUGAUAUCGAUAAAACGCUGCUUCGCAUACCGAGUACGAGAAAUGUUGGGAUCGUAGGGGGUGUGAAGGGUGUGAUGCUCAAGAAUGGAGGGGCGAAGGAGAUGGAAGAGCAAAGUUUGUGUUUAUGUUUGAAUGGGGGAGACGAUGUGAUGAAGCGAGUGAACAAUGUUGUGGAAAGGGAAUGUAGCAGGGAUGGUGGGCUGGAGGUUGCGGCGAAGCUGUGGGUGGAGAGAUCAUUGGGGUUGCAGGAGCCCCAGGGGCGAGGGAGGUUGAAGGGGGGAGAUGGCCAUGUGCAUUGAUGAAGUUAGAUGGUAAUAUAGUUACAAUUAAACAUACCACGGAGAGUAUGGGAUUAUUUUGUUUGCGGGACAUAUUUCGGCUAUGUAUUACAUAUGGAACCUGUUAGGUGUAAUUGAACGUCUUAUUAAAUAUGUAGUGUACAUUUCAAUCAAAUCAUUGAAUGGAUAUCAGCAGUAAAAUAGCCACUCAAAGCUGCCCAAUCCACAUCAAUGGAUACACCCAUCCACAGAACCAAACCCCA